CUUAACGCGUAAUUGCCAGUUGCAUAGGAGGAAUUCUGGGCUUGAACCAGCUCUCAGUUUGCGUUUGAAGUCCAGGCUGUAGACACACCUACAAGCUAGUUUUGUCAUUUUUCGAUGUGGCCAUGGCGUUCUUUAUAAAAAACAAAAUGUUUGGUUUAACAAUAACUUUGAACACUUUAUCAUGGGCUGGAUUAAUAAUGCGAGAUCAAUACACGAAGACUCAAAGGAUCAUCGUCAGAGUGUAUGCAUGGCUGGUUUUCCUAUAUCUAUUUGUUGCUGCAGCUUGCGUACAAAUCGCGGACAUUAUUGACAUCUGGGGUGACAUUAAUCUCAUGGCGGAAACAGCUUUGCUUCUCUUUAUGGAAUUCGCAGUGAUUUCUAAGAUUUUAACCUUGUUAUUGAGAUACGAUAGAAUAAUGGAGAUCAUCAAUGGAACUGAAGAAAUAUUGUAUUUUGAAAACGGAUUGGAAGGCCAAAGGAUUAUCGCAAGUGUCGAUAAAGAGACGACCCGGUUUUUACAGUUCAACAGUGCAUUUGUUGUUUUGUCGACUACUUUCUGGUUCAUGGGUGAGCAUAGCAGCACAUUUUUCAUUCGAGCUAAAUACCCGUUUAAUGAACUGAAAUCACCCGGCUAUGAGUUUGCACUUAUACAUCAGGUAAGCAGUACUUAUUUAUAAACAUUUUGUUGCACUAGAUAAGGGGUGCUUAUUGCAAAACCAAAGUUUUAUCAGGUAUGUAUGAUAUAUUAUUGAUAUAUUACUAUUAAUGUAUUCUCUCUGUAGUAUUAGGUUGGUCUGUUUGGGUAUCUGAUGCUUGUUUAUGUGCAGAUGGUGUGUGUGAUAGUGUGUAUGAGGCUGUAAGCACAAGGUCUGUUAUUUGUGAGUCUGUCUAUGGUGUGUGUACUAUGUCUUCUGUUGAGUUAAAAGUACUUUUGUUAUUUGUAUCAUGUGAACCAUGUUGAGUACUGUGUAUUAUGUUUGCCUGAUUUAUGGGAGGUGAGUUAGUUGGAUUUGUAGAUAUUG